CACCAAAAACAGGCCCCCUGGCAAUCUCCCUACUCAUCUCUGGUUUAUGCAUUGAAUCGCGUCUAGGAAAACGGGCGUUAAUCGCUUCUCAUGUUCUUCAAUGUGAAUAAGCCUUGUGAGCUCUGAGUUUCUCUUUUAAUCGUACGUGUCUUUUUCCGAUAGGCAAUAACGGUAAAAGAUGGCAAAGUCUAAAAAUCACACGAAUCACAAUCAAAGUCGCAAGGCUCAUCGCAACGGAAUCAAAAAACCAAAGCGAUACAGGCACGAAUCUACUCUGGGUAUGGACUUAAAGUUUCUUCGUAAUCAACGUUUCGCGAAGAAACACAAUCUAAAGCCAAAAGCCCAAUUGAAGAAGGCAGCCGAACGCAAAGCAAGCCGCGAUGCUAAAAAAUGAAUUGUAAUAUAUAAGGUGCCAGACCUUUAGAAUAGAAAUUAAGAUUUCUAUUAAAAUGCUUAAAAAAUACAUA